AAAAAAAAAAUCUAAAAAUCUAGGGUUUAGGUUUCACUCCCAGCAAAACCCCAAAACACUUACACAAAACCCCUGUAUCCACCGCCGUCUACACCUUUUUUUUUAUACCAAUCAAUUUCUGUAUCUAUACUUUUCCGACAACCCAAUAAACAAACAUGAGACCACUAGACGAAUCAGAAACAACACAAGUAUUCGAAAAGCUCUUCAAAUUCACAGGCAACAAUCUCAAAAACUUAGUAGAAGCACCAUCACACGAGGGUCCAGGAACCGAACCAGGUCGUUACUGUUUCCGUCUCCACAAAAACCGCGUCUAUUAUGUCUCCGAAUCACUAGUCAAACGUGCGACAAACAUUAAACGAGAAAACCUUGUUGCCAUGGGGACCACCAUUGGUAAGUUUACUAAAAGUGGAAAGUUUCAUUUGACUAUUCAAGCUUUGAAUUUGUUAGCUGCUAAUUCGAAACAUAAAGUUUGGUUAAAACCCACGUCAGAGAUGACGUUUUUGUACGGAAAUGAUGUUGUGAAAGGUGGGGUAGGAAGGAUUACGGAUAAUAUUAGUGCGUAUGAUGGUGUUGUUGUUUAUUCUAUGUCGGAUGUUCCGUUGGGGUUUGGGAUUGCGGCUAAGUCGACUCAGGAUUGUAGGAAGAUGGACCCGAAUGGACUUGUGGUUAUUCGGCAGGCGGAUACUGGGGAGUAUUUGAGGAGCCAGGAUGAUCUUUAAAUUCAUUUGAGUAUUCAAGCUGUAUUGGUUGACGAGCAUAAGAUUGUGAAGCUGAUCGUGAUAAUUAAGACCACCAAAAAAGAGUACAUGUACAAUCAUGGAGAAAAUUUUGAAUGGAAGCGUGUUAACAGAACUAUGUGUUUACUACCGUCGGUUUGUUAGAAGUUGUGAACUUGCAUAUUGUCAUGUAUUGAUUUUGAAUUCUAAUGAAUUUUUUAUUUUGAUAA